AUGAGAAAAUUAGGAAAAAAUAAAAGGGGAGAGAAGCCUGAAGAGGCAGAUGUCGAAGAACUCAAAUGGAACUCAGAUGUUGCAGAACUCAGAUGGAGAACUCAGAUGAAGAGGAGAAGAAGACUAACAAAGCUCAGGAGGAGAUCAAUGGCUGAGAAGGAGGUCGAGAUCUGUGGUGUGGCCACUGUUCGAGUUAGAUCUGGAAACAAUGGAGACGAAGAAGAAGGGCUGAAAUCUUUUUGA